UUGCACCUUCCUCUGUUGCUUCCACAUCUUUCAACUUAUAAAUACCAAUCCCACUUCUCUUCUCUGCCACAGACAUUCCUUCAUCCUUCCCUCAUUCUUAUUUUCAAAUCAACCAUGUCAUCUUCAACAAUAAUUAUCCUUUCUGCAUUCCUAUUCUCCUUUUCCAUUGCAGCUUCUGCUGCCAACUUCUAUCAGGAUUUUGAAAUAACAUGGGGAGAUGGCCGAGCCAAGAUACUCAACAACGGCGACCUUCUCACUCUUUCUCUUGACCAAGCCUCUGGCUCAGGCUUUCAGUCCAAAAACGAAUAUCUGUUUGGCAAGAUUGAUAUGCAACUCAAGCUUGUACCUGGAAACUCUGCUGGAACUGUUACUGCCUAUUAUUUAUCAUCAAAAGGGUCAACCUGGGAUGAGAUCGACUUUGAAUUCUUGGGGAAUCUGAGUGGUGACCCAUACAUCCUUCACACCAAUGUGUUUAGUCAGGGAAAAGGCAACAGGGAGCAACAGUUCUAUCUUUGGUUUGACCCAACGGCAGAUUUCCAUACAUAUUCCAUUCUCUGGAAUCCUCAGCGCAUAAUCUUCUCGGUAGAUGGGACUCCCAUAAGAGAAUUCAAGAACAUGGAAUCAAAAGGAGUUGCAUUCCCUAAGAAUCAACCCAUGAGGAUAUACUCUAGCCUUUGGAAUGCUGAUGACUGGGCAACGAGAGGUGGUCUUGUGAAAACUGAUUGGAGCCAAGCUCCUUUCACAGCUUCUUACAGGAAUUUCAAUGCAGAUGCCUGUGUCCAUUGGGGAUCAUCAUCUUCUUGCAGUUCCAAUUCUGGCUCCUCCAAUACCUGGUAUUCGCAAGAACUGGAUUCAACAAACCAAGAUAGACUGAGUUGGGUGCAGAAGAAUUACAUGAUUUACAAUUAUUGCACUGACACCAACAGAUUUCCUCAAGGCCUUCCCCCAGAGUGCCAAUCAUCAUGAUUUCCUACUAAUAAUUCUGCUGCAAACAAGUACCACCACAGUUCUUCAUUCUUCAUUAUUGAAUUCAUUUUCACUUGUAAGAACGUUGAUUCUUUGAUUCUUUGGUACAUGUCCAUUCUUUUACAAGAAUAGGAAAGAAGCAUCAAUAAUACUUUUCUUCAAUCCUUUA